AUGUCUCAUGGCACCACCACCUUGGCUUUCAUGUUCCAGGGCGGCGUUCUAGCAGCAGCAGACACUCGGUCCAGUUGCUCUGGCCUCGUGGCGUGCCCAGCGUCCCAGAAGAUCCUGCCCAUUCACAGUCACUUGGUGGGCACUACCUCGGGUACGUCGGCCGACUGUGCGCUCUGGAAACGGAUCCUGGCUCGUGAACUACGGCUGUACCAGCUCCGCAACGGCCGGCGGUUGUCCACAAGAGGAGCUGCCAAAUUGCUUUCACACAUGCUUCAUCCUUUCAAGGGAACUGAGCUGUGUGUUGCUGCAACACUGUGUGGGUGGGAUGGAGGAGAGAAAGCAAGUUUCUCUGGACCCGGUCUGUUUUAUGUAUGCAGCGAUGGUACUCGCCUGCAGGGAACGCUCUUCUCUGUGGGCUCAGGAUCCCCCUAUGCCUACUCAAUUCUGGACCAAGGGGUUCGAUGGGGUCUGACAGUGGACGAGGCCACAUCAAUAGCUAGAGAAGCUGUGUACAGAGCUACGCACAGGGAUGCAUACUCAGGAAACUGUGUAGACAUCUAUCACAUCACCUCAAACGGAUGGACUCGCAGGAGCAGAGAGGAUUUGAAAGAGGAAUAUUACAGAGAAAAGGAGAGGCGAAGACAUGAGGGAAGGGGGAGACAGGACGUGACUUUGUCGGAGUAA